AUGCGCGCAGCACAUCCGCACCUGAAAGUUCUACUUGCGAUCGGUGGCUGGAAUGAGGGUUCGGAAAAAUACUCUAACCUUGCAGCCAAUCCCGAACGGCGACAAGCGUUUGUGACGAAUGCGCUCGAUUUUAUCAAGCAGUACGGAUUUGAUGGACUCGAUCUGGACUGGGAGUAUCCGACGCAGCGCGGUGGAAAACCGGCUGAUCGUGAAAACUUUGUGGCGCUCGUACGCGAACUCAGCCAAGUGUUCCGGAAGAACAACCUGCUACUAACCUCCGCCAUUGGUGCGGGCAAAGAUACGAUCGAUGCGGCGUACGACGUUAAGGCACUCUCAAAGUACCUGGACUUCCUGCAUAUCAUGUGCUACGAUUACAAUGGCAGCUGGGACGGUAAGAUCGGUCCUAACGCACCACUUACCAGCCGCGACUUCCUUAACGUCGAGUAUUCGAUCGAGCAUCUGCUAGAACUGGGAGCCCCCGCUAGCAAACUCGUCCUGGGCCUACCGUUCUAUGGUCGCACGUUCGUCAGUACUAUUGCCAAGGCGCGGCUAGGCGAUACAGCGGAUAAAGUCGGGUUCCCUGGACCAGCCACCAAAGAGAACGGUUUCAUGGGCUACAAUGAGGUUUGCGAGGAGCUGAAGCGUAAUCCAAGCGAUUGGACGCUCGAAUGGGACUCGACCGCAUCGGAGAUGGUGGCGAUCAAGUCAAACGGUUCCACGUCACAGGUCGUGGUGUACGAUAGUACGCGCUCGAUCGCGAACAAGGUUCGCUUUGCGGUUCGUCAGAAGCUGGCCGGGCUGAUGGUUUGGUCGGUCGAUACAGAUGAUUUCAACGGGCUGUGCGCUCCGGAAGACGACACGUACAAAGACUUUGGCGAUCGGAACCAUGUCGCACUUUCGAUCCCAGCUGCUGUUACCGGAAAAUAUCCUCUGCUAAAGACGAUCAGCAACGCCAUCAUCGUAGCGUCGGACGAGUUGACGCAAGAAAACGUCAUCCCGCACGAACCGGAUGAAGUACCUGCGGCAGGUGGAACAGCCACGGGACCAUCGGGAGCCACACUGGCUUCCGUUUCGAGCUCGCUUCUGAGGAACAAUAUAAUGAUGUUGCCCAUGGAUCGAUUACGUGGGCUUGGUUGCCUAUUGCUGCUGUCGCUCGUACUAUUGCUACUUGCAGGUUCUGGGAGCGGCGCACUAGUGACGGACCACGAUCGAGUAGUGACGUGCUACAUCUCAACCUGGGCCGUUUACCGUACCGGUAGUGCGUCCUAUCCGCUGGACUCAUUCGAUCCGACCCUCUGCACACAUGCCAUCUACGCUUUCGCUGGAUUAAAUGAGGCGAAAAAUACCAUCAAAUCGCUCGAUGCAUGGCAAGAUCUCAAAGAUAACUAUGGCAAGGGAGGUUACGAGAAGCUGACGAAGAUGCGCGCAGCACAUCCUCAUCUGAAGGUCCUACUGGCUGUUGGUGGCCGGAAUGACGGUUCGCUAAAAUAUUCUAACCUAGCGGCUAAUCCCGCACGGCGACAAGCGUUUGUGACGAAUGCGCUCGAUUUUAUCAAGCAGCACGCGUUUGAUGGGCUCGACCUGAAUUGGGUAUACCCGACCCUACACGGUGGAAAACCGGCUGAUCGUGAAAACUUUGUGGCGCUCGUACGCGAACUCAGUCAGGAGUUUCGGAAGAACAACCUGCUACUAACGGCGGCCAUCGGUGCGGUCAAAGAAACGAUAGAUUCAGCGUUUAACGUUAGGGAGCUAUCGAACUACCUGGACCUCCUGCACAUCGUAUGCUACGAUUACAAUGGCAGCUGGGACGGUAAGAUCGGCCCUAACGCACCACUUACCAGCAGCGACUUCCGGAAUGUGGAGUACUCGAUCCAAUAUCUUCUUGAGCUAGGAGCUCCAGCUAGCAAACUCGUCCUGGGACUACCGUUCUAUGGCCGCACGUUCGUCAGUCCUAUGGCUCAAGCCCGGCUAGGUGAUAUAGCAAAUAAGGUCGGUUUUCCCGGACCAGCCACCAAGGAGAGCGGUUUCAUGGGCUACAAUGAGGUAUGCCAAGAGCUUAAACGUAAUCAAAGUGAUUGGACGCUCGAAUGGGAUCCGACCGCAUCGGAGAUGGUGGCGAUCAAGUCCAAAGGUACCAAGUCACAGGUCAUAGUGUACGAUAGUACGCGCUCCAUCGCGAACAAGGUCCGCUUUGCGGUUCGUCAGAAGCUGGCCGGACUUAUGGUUUGGUCAGUCGAUACAGAUGAUUUUAACGGGCUGUGCGCACCAGAACAAGACACUUACAAAGAUUUUUACAAUAGCAACAGUGUUGCCCUAUCCAUACCUCUUGUUACUGGAAAAUAUCCACUGCUAAAAACGAUCAGUAACGCCAUCACCGUAGCGUCGGAUAAGACGUCGGUUGAGCGUCGGUUGCCGCAAAGGAUCACCAUUGUCCCACAACCGAAUAAAGUGCCCGAGGUUCGCGGCGCGACCAAGAAACCAUCGGGAGUAAUUGGUCACCGCUUCGAGCUGAUUCCUGGCCAAGUUGUUGUUAUUCGCGGGGUCGACGCUCGAAGGCUGUAA